AUGGCGGUCGAAGAGCACGAGGAAGAUGAGGAGUCGAAGAAAGAUUGUCAACAAAAACAGCCUGUUAAGCUCAGGUAUAGUAAUUUGAGUUGAUAACACAGAAGAAGUUAUCUUCAACUUAAACUUAUCUUAUUUUUUCUUUCUUUUUUUUUCGAUUUUGCGAAAGCCUAAGUUGUUUCGCGGCGAAGCUAAGCUUGAAGCUUACAAAAACAUGUACAUUAGUUAGACCUCCCAUUCGUAGCUUUCGUAAUUUUCUUCAGGAGAUCAAUGUACCCAUACCAGAAAGUUGUUUAACUGUUGAAUUAAUCCGAAACACAACGCUUUUUCGAUACAAUCUUUCCUUGCACCAGAAGGUUGGAAACACUUGAAUGAAUUUGAUUUGACCCAAGGUUAAAUACAAGUUCGAUUUCCAUAUUUCGAUUCUUUACUCGAAAGCCACAAACAGUUUAGAAGGCUUGUCAAAAAGGAAAGACGGCGCCAGAAAAGACAAGAAGCAGCUAAGAAGAGAGAACAGGAGGAACUUGAAGGUAAAAUUAAACUUAGCACUGGUCAUAGAGCACACUAACAAAACCGUUUUGUUUUGGCAAAACAAAACAAAGCUGCUAACAAUUAAGAAACUGCUUGUUGACCAGCACGCUAAUCGCACGCUAAGAGUUGUUUGUGUUAUACUUACAAUUAUUAAACCAUGUUUGUCAGUUUGUCAGUUUUCAGUUUUUAUGGCCAGACACUUUCAUUUUGAAGUUAUGACCCUCUUCCUUGUUUUAUACAGAAAAGUGGAGAAUAGAAAAUGAUCCCAUAUUAAGGUGAGUUGCAGGUUCAUUAUAUUGUUAGCAUAGUAGCAGAAAGAUUAACAGGAUACAGAUAUAAUUCAGCAACUCUCUUCACCUUCUGGUCUUGGUGUCAUGCCAUAUUUGUUUAGAGUUUUUCAUAAUUAUGACUAUUGACUUUUAUGAUGGAUCCCUUUAACUCCUAAUACCUGAUUAUUAAUUCUCCCCUCCAGUUGUCACACCUUUCAUUGUAAAUUAGUUAUGAGAAUGUGGUGUUAGAUCAAGGUAACAACUUCUACCUGAUCAGUCUGAGUAUUCUCAUUACCAGUUUGCUAGAUAAUGUAACCUUGGAUAUUAUAGGAAGAAUUGCAUGUUAUUCACUUCUCGGAGUUAAAGGUUAAACCCUACUCAAUCCCAGAUAUGAAUUGCUCUUUUCAUUAUCAAUACAUGUUCAAGCAGAAUAGUGAUAGAGUGAAAUGAAGAUAUUAAUCAAUUCUCAAAGUUAAAUCUAUAAGAAACAAAUGACAGACAAUACAUAGAAUCAGAGUGGAGCAGGGGAGAUCAGUUUUUUAGUUCCUUUUUGCUGUAAGCAAAUAUGUUUUGUUUAAGCCCUUUUGACACUUAAGAGUGACUAGCAUUUCAUUUCUCCUAACCAUAUCAUCCUUGAAUCAAACAUAAAGGGACAAGGAUAAAGGAAAUGAUCACCAGCUAAAGAAGCUGUUGAUUGUUAAACAAAUUCUCCUUGUCAGUACCUUUAGAAAUUUAUGGAGAACAGUAUGGAGAAUGUGCAUACUGAUGUUAAUUUUAAAGUUGGUAAUAAAGCAACCACAAUGAUUUUAUAUCAGGGCUAAGGUAGAGGCAAAGGAAAGAGCGGAAAAGAAGAGAUUGUUGGAAGAAGAAGAGGAAAGGUGAUUGGCAUGAAACUUUCAAAUUUGUGUUAUUUGUCAUUUGUGUUAUUUUUUUGCUGACGGUCAUUUAUGUACAUCUACUUUGUUAAAGAAAAACUCAGCAUCGCUUGUGGUUGGAAAGGGAAGCUAUUGCACAAGAAAGAUUCAGAAAGAAAAAAGAGGAUGAAGACAGAAAGUUGAGAGAAAAAUUGGAACAAGAGGUGUGUACUCAGAUGAUGUAUAAUGUUUGGACAGCUGACCUUCGUCAAAGCCAUCAGCAUAUUCACUUAAUUUCAGUCUUAAUAGCAUUGAAAUCUUGAAUACUACUGGCCAUUACAGUGUUCUCCCUUAUUUUUGGCAUGUUAGAUAAAAGAAAUUUUCAAACUGGUAGAGUAAUCCAUUUACCUGUUGAACUUUCAAGAAUUCCAAGAAAUUGUAGGCAGUAAUAAUAUACCUGUACUACAGGCAGUAGAUUUUAUUGAUUACAGCCUGAAAAGGAGAACACCACAUUAUCUCAUUUUCAUCUUAAAGGGAAAAGAUUUUCUGUAAUUAUGGCUGAUGUUUUCCAUUGCUAACUUUAAUUGUUUUUUUUUUUUUUUGCCAAUGAUGUAGGAAAGAAUCAAGAGAGAGUGGGAAGAGGAACAGAAAAGGGAGAAGGACAAGGAGGAAAGGAAACAACAGGAAAUCAAAGAGAAAGAGGUGAUAUCACUGUUGAUGGAUUUGGUUUUUCACUGAACGUAUCCCAAUACAGAGUCAGGUUGUUCUUAUUGAUUCCUUUUAAAUGUCAAAUAAAUAAUUGAUAAUUGCAAUCUCUCUGUUAACCCUUCAAUUCCCAAAAGUGGUCUACAUGUAAUCUCUCAUGAAUGCAAUGUUUGUACAUUAUCCAGCAAACUAGUGAUCAGAAUUAACAGAUAAAUGUAUCAGUUAGAGGGCAUUUUGUAGAAUGAUGUAACAUCAAAUUCUCUCAACAUAUCUAUCUUAAUCUGCCAAGGACACGUACACUAGCUGAAUGGGAUGAUAUCAUUACACUUUUUUAACCAGAUCUUGAAAAGCCCCUUUCUCUUUUAAGUUAUCACCCUUCCUUUUUUAAUUCACUCACUCCCCACAAGAAUGACACUGUAAUAUAGUAUGUGCUUCUAUUGGGGCAAGAAACAGUGACAGCUUCCAUCUUCCCCCAGGGGUUCAAGAUGGUAGAUAAGAACAGAAAAGGUUGUCUGAUGAUCAAUGUUUUGGCAAAGAUAACUCUGUUUAUAACUCUGGUGUCAAACAACUUCUUACUUUGUAUAAAACUCAGAUAUGUAACUACAUGAAUUAUUCCAACAUAACAUAUAAAAUGUAUUGUAAAUGUCAUAAAUAUUCAAAAUUAAGUAAUACCUGAUGAUCCUUAACAAAUGUGGAAUAACAUCAGCCAAGUUCAUGAGCAAGUUGCAGUGGCUUAACAUGUGGGGCCUAUCACAUCAAAGAAUAUUUGUAUCUUUUAAAAAAAAGUAGCUUCAGAUAAAUUACAAUAAAUAUACUUCAUAGAUUACAUGUACCUGUUAUACUAAGUGUUACUGACUGUAGCAUUAAAUGCUACUGUUGCUUGUGUCGACAGGGUUGUCAUUAGAGGCUGGUAGGCUGUAGACAACCACAGGCUAUCAGACGAUUUUGCACUGGCUACUUUGUGUGUUGUGUUCAACGACAGAACAAAAGUAUUUUUGAAAAGAUUCUACACCAAUGUGUGGCUUAAAAAGAAAUUACCCAGAUGUGUUCCAUAAUUCUGGAAAUCAUGUCCAAGAGAGUUUCAAAUUUCAAAUUUUUUAGGGGAGGGUGGCCUCAGACCCUGCAAGGAGGGCAUGUUGCAUCACAAGUGUAACUCAAUUCAGUCAUCUGCUUAGUUCAGGUCAUAUUUUUACAGCAUUUUCUAAUGACAACCUUGGUAUCAAAGUUAAUCAUUUGAUGGUUGAAAUGAAUUUACUCUGGGAAACUGAUCAGUAAUUAGCCAACUUUUUUUCCUUUUAUUCAAGGUUGCUGUAAGCAAGUUGCAAAUUCUAAAUAUGCCUACAAGAACAUUUUUUUUAUUUAUUGUUAUGUAUGAUAUAGUAAAGGGAUUGUAUUCAUCCAAUUUUGCACUUAUUAUUGCAUUUUUUUAAUAAUUCAAUUCUUCAAUGUUUAUGAAAUUUUGAUAUGCACCAACAAGAAGGCUUAACAACCUUUUCAGGUCAUACUACUUGUUGAUGCAGUAGUUACUGACAGAUACUGUGAUAAUAUUUUCUGUUGUAUUUUUAUAAUUAUUUUAGAAUAACCUCUAAGAUAUCGAAAAAGGGGAACACAGUUCAUGAAACUGUUAGCCACAUCGGUGGCUAUAUUUUUUAAUGGUGUGUGAAUUAUCAGGAGAAUCUUAACCUUCUCUUAAGAAACAUGUUUGGAAUGGUCUUUCCAAUAGGAUGCCUUAUUCAGGGAGUUGGACAAACCAUCAACUUCUGAGGUAAAUAAACAUAACAGACAAGUGUUAAUUUAUAAUGGGUAGUUAUCACAAUCAGUCUUGUGUAUUGUAUUACAUGACUAUGUCACCUUACCAAAUCAACCACCAAAAAAGUUGUGGUUUUAAAUACAAGAGUCUCAAUAAAAGCUGAUUAACAUCAGCCCACUGCUGCAUAUAUUAUGUCUUCCACUUACCACUGUCUGCUAAGCUUGUGAGCACUUCUUUUGGAAGUUCAGAAGGCUGGAAAUUACAUUUUAAGCUUCUAGAUUACAAUUUAUUUUGGGGGGGGGGGGAUGCCCACACAACCCAUAGAGGAAAUAGACCUUAUAUGAACAGUGGCCUAUCACACCAUUGGCAGCCACUUAUGGAAAAAGUUAUUGAAAUCUCAGAGAUACAUGUAGGUGACAGAAAUAGAAAGAGUAGACACAUUGACUAGAUUUCCGGUUUCCAGUUUCUAGACCUUUCUCAUGAAGUGUGAGUGUUACAUUGUAUGACAUUGUUAGACUUUGAAAAUGAUGAAAUCCAUAAAAAAAUUGUGCUAAGGAAAAAUGUUUUGCAGGAAAUUUUUAACAAUUAUAAUAAAAGAACGAUUUUGCAGUUCACUUUUAUUGGAUUUUAUCGUAUCACUAGCAUGUACCAUUAGGUCAAGUUACAUAGGUAUAUAAAGGGCAAAAUUUACUCUCCUUCGGAAAACCGGAAGUCUAUUGGUAAAAUUGGAAAAAUCUACCAGAAGUGCUAAUGACUGUUCAUUUUUUUUUCUCUCUAUGAUUUUAGAGUAAUGGUCCUUGGCAUAAUCCUCUGGCACCACGUUCGGGUGACAGUAAAUCCUACGGCACGGAACAAGUGAGUGAAGAAGUAAAUGCUGAAUCAAUCAAAAAUUACUGAAGGAUUCCGAUUUUUACACCUAUCUACAAAUUUGUUAACAGCUAAAAAAAGAGUUAAAUAUUCUAGCGAAGAAACCCAGUAGAAGCUAAAAAUUAAAACAAAAUUUAACCGUUGUUUAACAAAACCGCGUUCAACUGUCUUCAACGUAGCUGAGUCUUUUAUCUGAACUUAAAUUUUUGUGAACAGUGUCAAGAGGGCCAAAAGCUGAUAGUGGAAGGACAUUUGUUUAAUGAAAACAACCCUCUUAGAGAAUACUUAAGGCCCUCUGCUUGCGUAAAACCGCGGUUUGGGUUAGACCUCGUGUAAAUAACCGGCCCUCACUGACGGAGAUAAGAUGACCAGUGUGAUGUGAAGCGUCCGCAAAGUUACAAUGCUUUUAGUUUAUUUUGACUCUAUUUUUUGAAGGAUACAGUGAAUUGUUCAUUUUAUCUGAAAUAACCGGCCCUCACUGACGGAGAUAAGAUGAUCAGUGUGAUGUGAAGCGACCGCAAAGUUACAAUGCUUUUUGUUUAUUUUGAGUCUGUUUUUUGUAGGAUACAGUGAAUUGUUCAUUUUAUCUGAAGACGGGAGCCUGUAGAUUCGGAGAAAGGUGAGAAAGGAGGGACCGGUUAUUAUUUAUCAUGGGGGGACGGGGGGAGGGGGAUACGGAUGAUUUUCAUUAUGUCACGACAAGAUUUACCUGAUGAUCCCCCCAUGAGGAUCUGUAAUAUUCUUAUGUUACCCCCCACCCCCCUCCCCCUCAUGGAUGCAAUACUUGUCUCAUGCAGGAAGUCUCCCUUUAUUAAGUCCGGUUUUGCGGCCAAUUUUUAUCUCUACCGUUACCCAGUUAUACUUCAAAACUUGUCUCUGAGCUUAGUAUUAUGGUGGAGAUGGUAUUUAUGAAAAUGCAAGUGAUUUUUUAAUUGAAGUUAUAGCGCUUUUUGAAUGAGUGUCGUUAAACCGAAACCAAAGCCAUUACGACAGCCAAUCAUAGCGAGGAAAUUUUCACAAGAGCCAAUGAGAACUCUUAGGAAAAACAAGCAAACCGCCAGAAACGCGGGAAAAACGCGGAUGACCAAGUGGCAGUUGGUUUUAGUUUUGAAUCUGAUUGGAUCAGAUAGUGGCGCGAGUUCUCUGGGCCAAUCACUCAGCGAAGUGAAGCAAAAGUAAUGCAAUCCCGGAUACCCUCGACACUCAGUUGAAAAUUACUCACACUCUAUCGUCAUUCACAUUUCUUGACCAAUUUCUGAUAUCCAUUUAUCCAUUCAGGUGUUCCAGGCACCACCCUCGACCCAACUCCAGUGUAACUCUAAUGAUUCCUGGCAUGUACAACGACAUUCGUCUGUCUCAAUCCAUGCUUGACGAGGCUGACCAAGAUACAAGUUUAGAGGUGCGUUCUGCUCCUGGUAAAUAUGCAUGGCAUAUUCAUUCGCUCCGUUCCUGCUUUCACGCUGAUAUGGGAAAAAUGAUGUGGUGUAGUCACAGAUUCUGUGUAAUUGAUAGAAACGCAAGGUCUAGGGGCACUGGCAAAAAUUUACUUCAACAAAUUGUAAACUGCUCAAUGCAGUCUGGCCAAAGUCCCCCACAAAGUGUAAAUUAACUCGGGAUACCUUUCAAGGAGAUGAGUUAAUAGAAAACUACUCUUGUCAUGAACAUUAAAAUAAUAUUUGUUUAAUUUCCAGUACGACGAAAGGGAUACUUUUGAAAGUUUCAAGCAGUUUUACCAAGACACUUUGCCGGAGUUUAGAAAGGCUGGCACUGUUGUACAAUUUAAGGUAAAAAUUGCCGUGCUACUUAUAGUUUGGUUGAACUCAAAUCAACGUUGUAACAUUGGCCAAUCACAGGAAAGACCUUCAGUGUAAUAAACCAAUAGGUCAUAUGCAUGUUUACAUCUAAAUUUCGCCCCCAAACCUCGUUUACAAGGUGCGGACUGGUGGAUAAGAGCAACAGCUGACGUCAAAAGCUGACUUAUAUUUAAACAAAGGGGAUAAAUUUCUGCUGCGUCGGUGGGAGAGUUAAAAAAGGUAAUUUGGUAUUAUCAACUGAGUUGACAACGUAAAUUGGCCACUGUAAAGAGCUUUAAAACUGACGUUUCGAGCGUUAGCCCUUCGUCAGAGGAAAUGCGAUACGAUAUUGACUGGUUGAUUAGAUGACGUAAGGGUCCUGAACCAAUCACAAAUCGUGAGAAAUUAUCAUGAAAGGUCGACAUUCACCUGGAAAUCACUCUUGAUUUUGUUGGCGUGAUUGAAAAGACCUUUCCGGUUUCGUUACAGGUGUGUUGUAACUUCGAGCCUCACUUGAGAGGGAAUGUCUACGUGCAGUUUUCUAGGUAGGCUUUCAACUUCAUCACUAAAUGUUUCUUUCACUCCUUUGUUCGAUUGAUGAUGUCUUUUUUUGGUAUUGUUUAGAAAGGCCUUCCUUUGCAUUCAUUCAACUUUUUUUUGUCAUUUACGAGUCAGGAAUUCGGUUGUGAGUUCUCUGUUUAGUUGAUAAAAGAGCCCAUCCAAAGGAACUAAGUUUACAUGGUAUCUACGCAAGUAUAAGGUUAAGAUUGCGGGCGGGGGCAAGGUUCUUUGUGGCAUAUUUAUGCCAAAAAAACGUAAAAUAAAAGUAAGACGUCGUUAUGUUUUAUCACAGGCUUCGUUCAAAAUUUACGAUUGCUGUUUGGAAAUAUUUCCGUAUAACCUAAUACUACUCUAACACAAAGGCGUAAUCCUAGGGGCAAUCUUUUGUUUUCGGCAUUGUUUUAUUGGGUUAAAGUCAGUAUCUGAGCAACUGCGCACCUACCCCCCCCCUAACCCAAAAUUGACCCUAACUUGUUGCAAUUUGACCGUGGUUGGGUUAGGGGAGGGGUAGGUGUAUUGACAUCGACAUUAAUCUGAACAACUUAGCACCUACCCCUCCCCUAACCCCAAAUGGACCCUUACUUGUUGUAAUUUCACCGUUGUUGGGUUAGGAGAGGUGUAGGUGCUUUAACAUUGACGUUGAGCUGAGUAACUGCGCACCUACCCCUCCUCUAACCCCAAAUUGACCCUAACUUGUUGCAAUUUGACCGUUGUUGGGUUAGGGGAGGUGUAGGUGCGUUGACAUUGACAUUGAAAUUGAUCCAUUUUCUUUAUCCGAGAACUUUAUGGGUAAUGAAGUAUGGGGUUGUGCGGAAAUGUUACCGCAGAAUGUUUCGUCUCCCAAUUCUUCAGUUAUACUCUGUGACACUUUUUUUGUAAAGUCAACGACGGAUAUGUUUAAUUUACAGUGAAGAGGAAUGCGCCAAAGCCUAUACAAUGUUUAACGCCCGUUGGUAUGCAUCAAAGCAGCUCUCAUGUGAAUACUCUCCUGUCACCAAGUGGAAGUCAGCAAUAUGCGGUAUUUAAUGAGCAAUCUACAGAUUAGGCGUCACUUGUUGCGUUUUAUGUCCAGCGGAGGCAAGUGCGAGACAUGUGCAAACGGCGAAUCAUGCGCAUGUUUGGCGUCCUUACCCCCUGCAUGCGACUGCUUCUUGCGGUCUCCUCGCCAUCGCCUUGUACUUGCAUUCGCAUGCGUGAAAAGCGUAAGAAGUGUCACCCAUCGUAAAUUUUAUUUAAAAGCAUUUUUAUUUUUCCAGUUUUACCUAGAUUUUUGGAGCGCUUUCCGAUUGAAUUUCUUUAAAUGCAAGUUAAAGCCUAUGACAAAAGGUUCAUGUAUCAUUGUAGCUUAGAAAGUAGGCUGCUGGCUGAAAUUUCAAGUGAGACGGCUCAAAGAAAGUGUUCGAUAUCGAAGGAUUGUACGAGUACAAACUCAGAAGUGCCAGUUGUUCUUUACCAAGCGAUCGCCGGCGUAAACUUCAGCCGGUGAUCACCGCUUUUUAAACAUGCAAAUUUCGCCGGAGAGUUUUCUAGAACAAUCACAGCCUGCAGUCAGGUAAACAAAUGCAAUCCUGGAUUGAUUCUAAAAGUCAGUUCUAAAUUGCUCAGUCAUUCAAUCUGUAUAUUUUUAUUUUCUUAUUUUAUUGAUUUUCAUUUUAUACUUUUUGUAGGACUUUUUGGGCGCAACCGAUGUCCAAGAGGCAAAAACUGCAACUUCCUGCAUGUGUACCGCAACCCAGGAGAUGAGUUCGAUUACAGAGAGGACUUGUCCCCAACCCGCACCCCAUUCAAUGGUGGCCGGGCUUCCGAGAGAUCCGAGAGAAGCUGGUGGCGAGAUCACUGGAGAAGACGCAGAGAUCUAAAUCGAGACAGAUCGCGGGAUAGAGACUGGGAACAAGACAGGCACAGAAAGCGAUAUGAUAGGGACCAGAGCCGAGAGAGAGAUGAUGAACGCGGCCGGCAUCGGAGAAGAAGUAGGGAGAGAGAGCGCAGUAAACAAACAGACAAAGAAGAGAACAGAGAACUAAGAACAAAAAGGAGAAGCUACAGUGAUGACGACGAAAGCGAAGGGGAAACAGGAAACAAUGAAAGGUUUGUACUGCUUCUCUCCCUUUAUACCCCAACAUCAGUACGUUUAUUCUUCAUAUUGUUCCCUUUACGUUUCCUUUGAUACUGACAAGGUGAAUUUGUGCUUGAAUCCUUUACGAGGUAAACUUUCCUUUCAUUUUAGACUGUCUCCUAAUGUUGGUGAAAGUAAUACAGAAAUUGGCAGCAGGGACGGUGAGCAGCAACACGAACUAACAGAGAAGCUAGCAGACCGAAAGCGGAAGCAUCAUUCAUCGGACAAGCACAGCCAUCGGCGAAAAUCCAAGAAGAAACACAAACACAAAAGCGAACGGAAGAAAAAGAAAAAACGACGCUACAAGAGUGAGAGCGAAACUAGCAGUACAGAAAGCGACAACGAUCAGGAUGAACAUUAGUUUUUCGUUUAAAUUAUGUACUAGAAACCCGUUCUUCAACGAAGUAAUAGAAUUUAUGUUCUCGUUGUCGGGCACUCGGUGAUCAGUUGCCGGGAAGGUUUGGUUACCAAUUCUCAGUGGUCCUAAUGAGGUGAACGAUUGAAAUAGUUUCCCAUUUCAUUUUACAACCGACGAUGACCAAAAGUAGAAGCCUUAUUUCUACUGAAUUACGCUAAUCAAAAAGGAAACUGAUAGUUUGCUGUUUUUCAUGGCUGUUGUAAUACUCUGAUUAAUUUGUGGCGGUGCGCAGUUUGUGGCCACGCCUAGUUUUCAGAAAUGUGUGGUUUUUGCUUGUGAGAGAAAUUAGAACGUACGAAGUGGUUCGCAGUGGAUGCCGCAUCCGGUACCAAGUUGGGCGUAAUUUGAUCCUGUUUGUGAACAAAAAAGUUAUCUUUUACGCAAAUGCAAGCAUAAAACUGUACCUGUUCUCUGAACUAUUCUUGUACUGUUAUUUCACUUGGAAAGUUUAUUUAACGCCUCUAUAUGCGUUAAAUUCCAAGGAGGGGCCACAUUAAAAGCAGCGUCCAUUAUUCAGCGGUUAACACGGAACAACGGUGCCAGAAUUUUUGUAGUUUCUAAUUUCGGGUCUUGGCUCUUGGCUCUUGGUUUCUUCAGACUGUCCUGGAUUUCGGAUGGUGCUUCAUCAUCAUCCUGGGCGACACCAAAGGGUACUGCCAAUUCUGGGAAGGUAGAUAAGUUUGGGCAGCAUCGUGUUAUGCCUUAGAUAUGGGUGGGCGAUGAGCUCCGGUUCCCAUCCUGGGUUUCAGUAGCUUUUUUUCUCUAGUAACACCUAAUAAAUAGGAAAAUCUAUUGAAUCGUUCACGUAUUGUCGCAAUAUGCUCGACAAGAAUACGUCUCGAUAACGUUCAAUGAAAAUGUUGGACCACACUUAAUUGACCUCUAUUUCUUCACUGUUAAGCUCAGUGAUGUCAAACAGGGAAUUUUAUUAACAAAGUGUUUGGAAUCAAGGCUAUAGUCAAAUAGUUCAAACAUAACUAAAUUUUGUUUUGUCUUUUUGUUUUAUUGAUUUGCAUGGUGCUUGGACACAAUUCCCUAUUGACAUACUACUAGGUGGUGGGGGAGGGGG